AUGAAUAGGAUUUAUACUUCUUUUGGAGCUAAAAAGCUUCUUAGAGGUUGCAGAUACGUGUUAUCUAACCAAUUGUGCCCAAUUAACUAUACAUUAUUGCCAAAUACAAAGAGCACAGCUACAUACACAACCAAGACUGGUGAGAUAUCUGCUACAAGGUCUACUGUAAUUCAGUUAUUGAACAAUAUUAGCUCCAAAAGGGAGAUCAAUCAAUACCUACAAUAUUUCACUUCUGUUUCUCAACAACAAUUUGCUGUGAUUAAAGUUGGUGGUGCAAUUAUAGGCGAUAAUUUAAAAGAAUUAGCAUCAAGUUUGGCAUUUUUAUAUCACUUAGGUUUAUAUCCAAUCGUAAUCCAUGGUUCUGGUCCCCAAGUUAACGAACGCUUAGGCAAAGAUGGAAUUGUCCCAGAUUAUAUCGAUGGAAUUAGGGUUACUGACGAACGUACUAUGUCAAUUGUUAGAAAUUGUUUUCUUGAACAAAAUUUGAAAUUGGUUAAUGCCUUAGAACAGCUUGGUAUUCGUGCAAGACCUAUCACAUCUGGAGUUUUUACAGCAGAUUACUUAGAUUAUGAAAAGUAUAAGUUAGUGGGCCAUAUCACAGAUAUUACCAGAAGACCAAUUGAAGCCUCUAUUGAAGCUGGUGCAUUACCGAUUCUAACUUCUUUAGCGGAGACCAAAGCUGGUCAAAUAUUGAAUGUUAACGCUGAUGUAGCAGCUGGGGAAUUGGCAAGAGUAUUUGAACCAUUGAAGAUCGUUUAUUUAAACGAAAAGGGUGGUAUUAUCAAUGGCGACACAAAGGAAAAGAUAUCUAUGAUAAACCUUGAUCAAGAUUAUGAAGAAUUAUUAAAGAAAGACUGGUUUAAAUAUGGUACUAAACUGAAGAUUGAACAGAUUAAAAAUUUAUUGGAAUUUUUGCCAAGAACAUCAUCUGUCGCAAUUAUCAAUGUCCAAGACCUGCAAAAGGAAUUGUUUACCGAUUCCGGUGCUGGUACAAUGAUUAGAAGAGGGUAUAAAAUUAUCAGGAGAAAUUCCUUGAACGAAUUCCCAUCUAUAGAUGGUGUAAGACAUCUACUGCAAAAAUCUGAUGAAAUAUUUUCUGGUAGACAAAGUGCUGCAUCUUAUUUGAAAUCUUUAGAGAGCAGUAAAUUUACUUCAUAUUCGGAUGAACCAUUAGAAGCACUGGCAGUUGUCAAAGAAAAUGGAGAUGUACCAAUGUUAGACAAGUUUAUUUGUUCUGAUUCACAUUGGUUAAAUAAUGUAUCUGACAAUAUUUUCAAUAAUAUUAGAAACGACUUCUCAUCGUUACAAUGGUAUGUUCAAGAGGAUGAUCCAAAUAUCCCUUGGCAUUUUAACAAAUCCGAUGGAUCAUAUUUAAUGAAUGAUAAAAUAUUGUUUUGGUAUGGUAUUAAAGAUUUAGAGACUAUUUCAAAACUUGUAAAAAAUUUCAUCAGUAAUUACCAAUCUGGUUAUUUGGACUCCACACACAAUGAGUAUAAUACUGUCACCCCAAACAUAUGA